AUGCAUCUGCAGCCACGGUCUACGAACGACCAGCUGCUUGCAUUCGUUGCGUCAGACUACAGUCCGAAGAAAGCCAACUAUUUAGCACUGGCAAUCCGCAGUGGCAAGUUCGCUCACCUCUACAACAGUGGCGAUGGUAGUAUUGAAGCGGAAUCAGCGGAGAUUGUGAAACCAAACGAACACUAUCUUCUCGAUCUGAAGAAGUUUGGGCAGCGAACUGAACUGAGAGUUAAUGGUAAGAAAGUUCCAGUUCGGGGCAAACUUGCUCCGUUUAUGGCUGGCACUAAUCUAUUCAUUGGAGGAAUAGCCCCUGGAAUUGUCGUGAACCCACGAAUUGGCGGCGCUUCACCGUUCAGCGGAUGCAUUUCAAAGGUGGAUUCGUUUAUAAUCCCAUUCUUCUACGUGCUUGCUCUUUCGCUGCAAUCAGUAAUCAUAGUCGUUCCGUGCAAGAGAAAUUUUGGGUUCACUGUUUUCACAGUAACAACUUACAUUGUUUUACUAUGCGUUAAAUGCACAAACCCAGCCUUAUAA